AUUUCCAGAUGACAGCACAUCCAUUUCAAAACAGGAACCUGCACUUGAGGACAUGAGAUGAAAGAAACACCAAGUUCCCAACUCUACCAAUGUUCACUCAUCUACCACUUGCUGAAAAAGACGGUGUCGGUACACCCACGAAUCUUUACUUCGCACCAGCAAGGCGGACUGCAGAGAAAGCAAUGCUCCCAAUAAUAAGAUGGCGGCUCCACGGCUGUUCCUGCUCACAACCCUACCCCUCCCGACGCUUUCAAGAUGGCGGAAGCAAUUCCUGACGGGCGUGGGCGUUACACCCCCUUUCAAGUGGGCGAGCGCCCCCUGUUGUUAAAGUGCAGACUGCUCACGUGGUAUACGCGUACCGUUCUAAGAUGGCGGCGCCCAUGUGGAGAGGGAUGAGGCAGCAAGGGUGUCUUUUGCGCGGCUUUGGGCAUCGUUUUGUGGAAGCAGUGCCUCGGAAAGAGAUCAGUUUCAAACUAGAUGAGAGAACAACCCAUAGCUCCUUGGAUUUGUGCAGAAAGGACACUGGUGUUAUCUACCGCAUGCUUGGGAUUGACCCCACCAAAGCCCCCCAGAACCCCGAACGCUUCAGAGAUUGGGCUGUGGUACUGGCUGACAGCGCAGUGUCCAGUGGCUGCCAUUACUGGGAAGUGACCGUCAAACGAUCGCAGCAGUUCCGCAUUGGGGUAGCAGAUGUGGAUGUUUCCCGGGAAGUCUGCAUUGGAAUGGAUGACCGUUCCUGGGUCUUUGCCUAUGCGAAUCGGCGCUGGAAUGCCAUGUUUGCCAAUGAAAUGACUCCCAUCCAUAACAUUGGCAAGCCAGAAAGAGUAGGUCUGUUCUUGGACUAUGAAGGCAAGAAACUUAGCUUGGUGGAUAUUAGUAAAUAUGUGUUUAUCUAUAGCAUGCCUGCUGAUUUCCAAGGCCCUGUGGUGCCUGCCUUUGCCCUCUGGGAUGGGGAACUGCUAACUCAUUCAGGGCUUAAUAUACCUGAGCAGCUCAACCGAAACUAAAGCCUCAAGCCCAACGUUGGAUGUUUGGAUGAAUUCUUUACCUGAGAGACUAGAAUCUUCAGAAAGCUAUGUAACAAAGGGGAAACUGUCUGUCAAGCCAGAGGAUUUCGUUCUGCUUUCCUCAUAUGAAGAGGUCUCAAUUCUCUCCCGAAAGCCAUCCCAGUUUAGAAUGAAAUCCCGCUUUAGAAUUUUACCCAAAGCAGUCAGUGACAGGACCACGUUCUAACUGCACUUCCUUUGUUUCCUGCUGAGAUUAAUGUCUAAAUCAGAAUAGCUGAGGCUUGGAAGCAGUUCUUUGGUUUAUCUCUACAGAAAAAUAUGCUAAAGGGGUUAAAUCUUGGUUGGGAGUCAGCAGAAGGAGAGAUUUGCUCCUUUUUUUGGAGUAGCAAAUGUGUUUUUGACAGCUGUUUUAUGCCUCUGAUCACCUAUAUCCUUUUCUUUCCUCAUCCUGAGGGUGGGGGAGCUGUGGCUGUUGAUACGUUGUUGGACUUCAGUUUCCCUCAGUCCUAAUCAGUGGUCAUAAAUCCUGGGUAUUGUAGUCCAGGGACAGCUAGAAGGCCACAGGUUCCCCAUUCCUGUUCUUUCCCUGUCCUUCAGUUUCAUAAACAGACCCCUCUUCUCAUCAGAAGUACCUCUUGGCACUUUCAAGGCAGGAAACCUCCAAUUGAGGAAGAGAGCAUUGCCCUCUGCUGGCCUAGGUGGAGGACAGGCAUGGCUUUGUCAAAGCAGCUGCCCUCUCCAUGACAUGCCCAGUGGAGAUCUCGCCCUCUCCUGUGCUCACAAACAUUGCUGCACUUGUCAAGUGUUAUAGGAAUUGCUUUAUCAUCACACAGCUCAAGAACGCCAUCUCCUUCUACUAUAUCUGAGCUUAGGAAGCCUGUAUGUGUACAGUAUCAUAAAGGGCAGCAGUAAUGGAAUACAUCCAGGUUAGGUCUGUUGAUAUGUAACUCCAACCUGGGAUAUUUUGUGUUAAGAGAGUUGGCACAUAAAAGGGCACAGUUUGCAAAAGCCAUGCUAGUUAGAGGCCUUAUGAGAUCUUGUACACCAAAAAGUGCUUGUUAUUCUCAAGAGAGGUUUUAUUUUGCAAAAAUAUAAUCAAGAUGAAUAAUUUUUUAAUCUAGAAAGGAAAGUUCCAUAUGCAGCUCUCUGAAACUAUCAAAAUCAAUAAAGGUGAACUUAUGUAAAAUAA